UGCAGAAAGAUGGCUGUAUCAAUGUGGCUGUCAGGAUUCUUAUUAUACCUAUUGGCACACUUCAUGGUAAAUGCUGAAAUAAAUGACAAGGGCGGUGAAAAAUCUGAGGAGGAUAUCAUCUACCGGGCUACAGUGACUGAUUCUCAGAUAAUCACUGAAGUUCCUAGUUCAUCUUCAAUGAAAGAUGCCAGCAUAGACUCUGAUAUAGAAGGGAAAUUUGACUCACCUUAUCGGGAGGAAAGGGAUCCUGGUCUGGAUGAUGAUUUUGACAAAAGAUCAAGUUCUAAAGAGGAUGGGAAGACUUUUCCUUCAGAACAUAGUGAACAAGUUCCUACUGAUAGGAGCAAAUCCAUUCAGGAUCAAGGAGAUUCUGUUGUAGGCGGGAGAGAAAAGGUUGUAGACGAUCAAAUAAACAUUGGCCAAGAGCAUAAAGAGGCUGUUCAGAAUAAGGAGGUCUCAUCUGAUAAAACAGAAGAUGGAGGAGAGAAGAUAGAUCUAGAGGAGGAGGCAGAUGUCAAUAGCGAGACUACAAACCAGAGUUACCGUUACUUGUCAUUUGGGAACAUUCUCAAAAGCAUUGUAGAUCCUGUGUUGGAAGGCGGUUCUGGAGUGUUGGCUGAUAUGCCUUCCUUUGAUAGUAAUGACUCAUCUCUGAAUCUCUCUGAAGUUGUGGACAAUGCAACAUUAGACAAGACUUCAGGGGAAGAUGAUGAACUUACAAAUAAAACAGACAAAAAGGUCAGGUUUCAAUGUAAUGGCAAGAACUUUACCGACAUAAAUGUAACGGAUGAGACUGUAAAAAUUGUUAACAACACUGGACUUUUAAAUACACUUAACUUUGACAAGAAUGAAAGUGUGUCGGACUGUGUCCUGGUAUUGUUUUUUGCCCCAUGGUGUCCUUUUUGUGCCAAAAUGGCACCUAACUACAAUGCCUUGGCCAGGGCAUUUCCUCAACUCGAGGUAUUGGCAGUGGAUGCAGCACAGUUCAGCAACCUCAAUGCCAGAUUUGGAACUGUAUUGGUACCAAACAUCUUGCUGUUUCACCAGUCCAGGGCAUUGGUCAGGUUUAACCAGACAGAUAAAAGUUUUGACAGUUUAAUAUCAUUUGUCAGGAAUAUUACAGGUCUGGAGCCAAACAGUUCGGUGAAUGUGACAACAGAGGACUAUGAAGGGCCCCUGUCGAGCGUACCAACAGAGGAGUCGGACUAUCUUCUUUGGGUGGCAUGGCUCUUCGUCCUAGUUUUCACCAGUAUUGUCUUUGUCCAGUCUGCUUAUGGCCAGCAGUGUAUUACUAAGGUACGCAUACUGUGGCAGGAACACCAGCACAUAGACUGAUCAUGCCAGUGGUCAAAAGAUAAGGUUUUUAAGAUGGCACAAACACAGUACAUGGAUCUGACCUAGUAUACUGUUGCAGGAAAGCCAGCACACAAACUGACCAGUGGUCAGUAAUGUAUCAGAGACGGAAACACUGUUACACAUACUGUGGUAGAAAUACCAACACAUGGACUGACCAGCAAACAGUGGAUUUCAAAGAUGGCAGAAAUACAGUACUAAAUACUGUACAUGGUAUUGGUGUUUUGGCAGGAACACCAGUUCCUAGACCAACUGAUGGUAAUUGUAAAUGAAUAUCAAAAAUGGCAUACUAUGGCAUAUAGCCCUGGUUUCCUCUGGCCCUGACACCAGACUUGGACAUUUUGAUAGAUAAAAUGUAGAUGUCUGGUAUGGCCCGAGGAAACUCGGGCUAACUAUGGCAGGAACACCAGCACAUAAGCUGUAACAGGAGGUCAAUGGAUUUCAAAUAUGAUACAUGUACUAGCAAAAAUACUGACUAGUGGUCAGUGAAAUGUAUCAAAAACACCAAUGACUAGUACUGUAAUAAAUAUCAAUACAUGAUGUCUUCUUUAUUGAAGAUAUCAAGUUGAUAGUUAACUACACCUGAUUGUGGUGUUCAAUUAAAUAUCCCUAAACAACAUUAUUUAUGUAGAGUCAAUGGCGAUGUCCUGCUUAUCCUGGAUGUUAUCAAAGCUAUAAGGCUGUGAUAUUUUUAAUAUUACUCUUGUUUGUCCUUCAUCAUUCCUGUCCAUUGGUGAUUACUUAUCACCUCCUCAGACACUUCUGACACUUCAAACUCUGCAUCCAUGCAUUGACUGAAGAUUCAUUAAAUAGUGGAGUUAUCAAAUGAUUGUCCAGACAUCUGAUAAUAUGGAUGACUUUCUUUGCAGAUGCCAGAAUACUUAGUGUUUUGAUAUUUUUUGGCAACCAGGCACUUUUACAUACUUCUAGGUCCAUAUACAGUAGAGGGUGCUGUGUAUAUGAACACAAGUGUUUCUUUCAGUUAUGUUUUGGGUAUAAAUAACAUGUGUGAUUAAACAUGGAUAGAUAGAUUAGCUUAAUGAUUGUGUGUAUAUAGUCUAUAGGCUAUAAGUAACAGUACAGGUAGCUAUAUAUAGUUUGUAUGGACAUUUGUCAUAAAACCUUGACCCAGUACAUUAGAUCACAUAUCACCAAAUAAUCUAAAUUACUAUGUAAGGAAACACUGUUACAUACAACUAGCAACAUUUGUACUACUUUGAAAAGGACUUGUGCUGUUAAGGGCCAUCCUUUUGUAAUAACUUGACUGAAAAGUAUUGUAUGAUCAUUGGACACACAUGUGGUGAAGUCUUAAUUCAACACUGUCAAAGCUUCUUUUAUACGCUUACCUCAUUUAACAAUAUUCAAUAAAUGGGGAGGGGAGAUAGAAUAACAGGAAGUUAGUAUAUGCAGUGGUAAUUUUGGAUUAAAGAAUGAGUUCCAAGUACACAGGGGUUAAAUGUGUAAAAACAAAAUAAACAGCUUCUUCUCGAUACCCUAAAGGCCCAGGGUGAUGAUA